AUGGCCGUGAAGCAAAGAAAACCCAGGUCACAAGCAGGCCACCCUGCGGCGAAAAAGCCUUCGUCUCCGUCUCUCGCACCUCCAGUCGACAGCAAUAUGCCUCUUGUCGACAUCCUCCGGCGACAGCCCCUAUGGAUUAUCCUCGCCGUUGCCUCUGGCGCAUGUGCCGCCCUCAAUGGCGUCUUCGCAAAAUUAACAACAACCGCCCUAACAUCAACCCUCUCCGCCUCCAUCUCCACCUUCUUCCACCUCCCGCCCAACAACACCCCCAUUGACCUCCUGGUCCGCCUCACCUUCUUCGGUCUGAACCUCGCCUUCAACGCGCUCAUGUGGGCGCUCUUCACCGCAGCAUUGACCCGCGGGGACAGCACGACAAGGGUCAGUGUGGUAAAUGUGAGUGCGAACUUCAUGGUGACGGCGGUUAUGGGGUGGAUCAUCUUUGGGGAGGAGUUGAAGGGGUUGUGGUGGGUUGGGGCAGGGUUGUUGGCGGUCGGGAAUGUGGUGAUCGGGAGGAGAGACGAGAGCAGUGGGAAAAAGGAGGGUACGAGUGAAGCGGAGGCUUCGUUACUGGGUGAGGAAACGGAGCGGGAGGGCGAAGGGGAUCUGUUGGAGCUGGAUGGGGAUGUUGUGCAUGUGGAUGCGGAUGAUUGGAGUGGAGAGCAGAGGAGGUUAAGCAAGGGGGAGGAUGCUGAUGCGCCAAUAUGA